AUGCAUCAAUACGCUUGCCUCGUCAGUCUGCUGCCCCUGGUGGCUGCUCACGGCUUUCUCUCUUCACCUCCUGCGCGCCGCCCUGGCGCUGCCUAUCGUGCCACCUGUGGUGAGCAGCCAUUUUAUCAGCAGAGCUCCGACAUCAACGGCAAUGUCCAGGGCAUCCAGCAGGUUGUAGGGAGCGACGCGACGGAAGACUGCAACCUCUGGCUCUGCAAGGGCUUCCUGCUGGAGGACAACCCUGACCAGGUCCAGAGCUACUCGCUCGGCCAGACCAUCGACAUCACCGUCAACAUCGCCGCUCCUCACACCGGUUAUGCCAACGUCUCGGUUGUUAAGACCAGCACCAACACCAUGAUCGGAAACCCCCUGAUCGAGUUCCAGAACUACGCGUCCAACUCCGGGCCUGGACCGCCAACAACACAGCCUUCAGUGUCACCCUUCCGGAAAGCUUGGGCGGCGACUGCACAGCCCCUGGCGACUGCGUGCUCCAGUGGUUCUGGGAUGCCCCGGACAUUGAUCAGACCUACGAGGCCUGCGCCGACUUCGUCGUGGCCGCUGACGGGAAUGGGAAUAGCCCUUUCGUCAACCUCGACUGUCCCUGUCACCACGGCUUCGGCUCCUGCCACCGCAACUUCGGUCGACCCGGCCCCGGCUACCACCACCACCGCCGUCCCCGGUACCCCCGAUGACGAAUGCCCUGCGGAUGAUGGCGGUGAUGAGGGCGAGGAUGAGGAUGAUGAGCAGGGAGAGUCCGGGGAGGGCGAUGAGGAGUGCCCAGUUGAUGGUGGCGAGGAGCCUGAAGAGGACGACGACAGCACCGAUGACGAUAACGCGGAGUGCCCCGCUGAUGAUGGGGACAACGCUGCCGCCACCACCAGCUUGGGUGCCAAGGAUGUUUCCACCUCGGCCGCUGCUACCCCUACGGGAAGCCACACCAGCACCGUCACUCAGAUCGUCACCUCCACCGUCACGACUGAGCGGCUUGUCACUGUGACAGCUGCGGCCACGGCUUGCAACUGA